CUAAGCUUCCCUGUUCGACCGCUCUAAGCCUCCCACCCGAUUGAAACUGCUGAGGGCGGAAAAAACCGAGGGAAAAAAACGCGGAGAAAGCAUCGGAAAAAUCAACGGAAAAAACGGAAAGUCGGAAAAAUUUGUAAGGGGUUGGGAUUUUCCAUCAGAGGAUUCUUCUUUGCUACAAAAUUUGGGAAAAAAUAUCCCGCCAUUUUUUUUACUGUGUUCAGAAGCCGCCGCUCCCUUAAAUGUAUUAGAAGAUGUACUACGUUUACCACCUUAAGUACCCUUAACAUUUUCCAAUCUUACUUUCCUAUCGCACCCUUUAUCGCUAAACCCCUCCCAUGGCUCUCCGAGGCCCGGCAAAUCCUUGCCCUUAACCCGCUGAAGCUCUGUCACAUUACUCUCUCAGAGGGCGUUCGGGAUCCGGUGAUGGACUCACCGGCCACGGCCCCAGCGGGAAGAAGAGGAAGAGUAACAGGGGAAGAAAUAGAGGAAGAGGAUGAGCACCACCUGAACCCCUUCUUAGCUACCAGUAUCAACAAGCCGUCUGCUUCCAAACUCCAGUUCAGAGAAGGAAGGAGAUAUCUCGGGCUCGGUGGGACGAAGGGAUGGGGAUGGGGGAAGUGAUAGAGAAGAAAGGCAGCAUGUGGGUGACCACCGGUAUCAUCCGGAACGGCAAGCUCUAUUGUCACAUUGAGGAAAUCCUGUUUUUGGCUGAAAGAGGGGCACUUCUCUUGGAUGUUGAUGAUACAAGCCUCAGCAUAAAAGAUAUAUAUAAGAAGAUAGCAGAAGGAAAGUAUGGGUGUUCUUGGGAGUCCUUUGAAGCCUACAAGCACCUGAAGCUGCUUGGAUACAUUGUUGGACGCCAUGGUCUUCCAUGGACUAUGAAGAAUCAAAUGAUCUGUUGCAAUAAUGACUUACCCCAAAGCACGUCGGACAUUGAUGGGAAGUCCGAUAGGGAAGUGGGGGAAAGCAUUUCUAUCAUUCAGUUGCUUAAAGAUAUGCAGAUUGAUGACAUUACUCCAACUUUUGAUGUGUAUCUACCCAACAGCAAGUUUAGAAAAUCUUCCCCGGGUGUUCCAAGUUUUAUUCUUUGUCUGGUCAGGGACAAACCACCCUCAAGAGUAGAUUUAGAAAAUCUUGAGAGGAUGUGUGAUGGCAUUCCCCUGAAGUGCUGCUAUGUGGAUCAUGGGCGAGUCAGUUUCUUUUCUUUUAAUAAAGUGAUGAUUCCGUCCUUACCAUGAUGAAUUUAUGGAGGUCUUACCUAUUGAUGCCGUGCGGUUUGCGUUGUACACAGCUGAUGGGCUCGACCGUAUAGGUUUUUGAAAUUGAUGGCCUCGUCUACACAUUCCUUGCCUUAUAUAUAUAUAUAUA